AUGGACCUGUGGCCUCUCCUCAAGAUCGAGAAGUUGCUGGGCGAGCUUCAUUCGGAAAGCCAGCUGGUCGAAUUUGGCGGCGGGGGUACGUAUGCCUUCUACGGGGGCCGUCAAGCAGCUGCACUAUGGGACGCCGUCGUGGUCGUGCCCGCGUACAGGGUGAGCGCCUUCGGUUUCCUCAACAUGCUCGUGCACGAGGCGCCCGGCAACGUCGGCCUGCUCGAUCAGGCGCUUGCCAUCCGAUGGGUGCACAGGUACAUCCACCAUUUCGGUGGCGACAACCAACGCAUCACAUUGCUGGGCCAGGACGCUGGCGCCACAUCCAUCGGCUACCACCUGGCACGCAACGACACGCCGCCUAUACAACGCGCCAUACUAAUGAGCGGCUCGCCUUUCGUGCCGCAGCCCGACAAUGCGGGUCAGCGUGCCCUGCUGAACGGCAACGCACUGGCCGACGUGCUCGGCUGCGGCAGCAGGCGAAGCUUGCAGGACGCCUCGGAGCGACGACGGGUCGUGGAGUGCCUCAGGAAGCGCAGCGCAUACGCCACGGUGUUGGCCGCCGACGAGUUGGCCACCAGCAGCGACACUGUCCUGUUUGGUCCCAGCAAGAACCGCGACUUUCCGUGGAAGUUAGCGAGCGCCGUCCUCUCCGAGACGAUGCUCAAGCGCGUCGACUUCCUAGUGGGCGUCUCCAAGGACGAAGGCACGUCGCACGUAUCCGAAUUGAUGCAGGCGUUCGGCUUAUCUGCCGACCACACCCUGACACCCAGAAGGCUGCUGUCGAUGUUCCUGGCCUUCCUCGAGUCUUACGGCAUCCAAGACGUGGAGUCGGUGUUGCACCACUACGGAUUCGACGAGCCGACCGUCCUGGACGAGACGCUGGGCCUACUGUUCCUGCUGGAGCUGGCCCGUCCCGUGGGCGACUUUCUGAUCUACUGCCCCACACUCUUCUUCCUGGAAGAAGCUGCCAGCGUUGGUGGCAGGGCCUUCUUCUACGAGUUGGCGUACAGUCCGAGCUACAGGACGUGGCCCGCUUGGCAGGGAGUGCCGCAGUUCGUCGAUCUCAUCUUAGCCACGGGUCUCCUGGCCGAGCUGGACGCCUCGGCACGGGACAUGGCGAUCGCCCGGGACUUUUCCAGGAUGUUCGCUGGAUUUGUCCGGAGCGGGUACUACGUUCGAAUCCACAUCUUCGGCCCUCUUCACAAGAGGCUCUGA